AUGACUAGAGUUUCAACUUAUUGUGAUAAACUAUGCUUUCUAGCUUGCCUUAUCUUGUAUCUUCGGCUAGCUUCAUCACAAGAAAGUGCUUUUGCUUCUGCCAAUUCUACUGAAGCAGAAGUACUUCUCAAAUGGAAAGCUAGCUUUCAAAACCAAACCCAAAACAACCUGACCUCAUGGAUUAAUGCAAAUGAAGCCUCAUGCAAUACUUGGAUUGGUGUUUCAUGCAACUCAGCUGGAUGCGUCAACAGAUUAAACCUCACCAAUUCUGGUAUACAAGGUACUCUACUUGAAUUUCCAUUCAUAUCUUUGCCAAAUCUUGCAUAUGUUGAUCUAAGCCUCAAUGAACUUUUUGAUCAAAUCCCACCUCAGAUUGGUUCCCUCACCAAACUCAUCUAUUUUGAUGCAUCUUACAAUCAAAUGUCUGGAAAAAUCCCAUCCGAAAUCGGUCUUCUAACAAAUCUUCAGGUCCUUCACCUGAAUGCAAAUAAGUUCAAUGGCACAAUUCCUCAAGAAAUAGGCCAACUUAAAUUUGUCUAUGAGCUAGCUCUAAACUUAAACAAUUUAGAGGGUUCAAUUCCACCUUCUGUGGGUAAUUUAAGCCAAUUGACUUCUGUAAUUCUCUUCGGAAACCAACUUUUUGGUUCUAUUCCUACCGAAAUAGGAAACCUUUCGAACUUGGUUAAACUUUACCUGUUUGACACCUAUGUAUUAGGUCUAAUCCCUCUGAGUUUCGGAAACUUGAAAAAUCUAACCAUCAUGAUGUUGUACAACAAUACCCUUUCUGGUUCUAUCCCAACUUCUUUUGGCAAUUUUACAAACCUUGUUUCUCUCUCUGUCUACGGUAAUAAAGUUUCCGGAAAUACUCCUGAAGAGAUUGGAAACUUGAAAUUUGUUGAGGAUGUACGCCUGACUGCUAACCGAUUUUCUGGUUAUUUGCCUCGAGAUAUUUGUAGAGGUGGACUGCUACAAAGGUUUACUGUAGAAAAUAAUGAAUUUACAGGUCCAAUACCGAAAAGCUUGAAAGGUUGCAAGAGCUUAGUCAGAGUCCGUCUUCAAGGGAACCAACUCAAAAGCAACAUAUCUGAAGACUUUGGUGUCUAUCUGAAUCUUCAUAUACCAUCUGAGAUUGCCAAUGCAACUAAAAUUCAAGAACUCGAUUUUUCUUCGAAUCAUCUGGUUGGGGUGGUUCCCAAGAAUUUGGGGAGAUUGACUACUUUGGUGAAUCUAAAGUUAAAAGGCAAUCAACUUUUGGGUUCUAUACCCUCAGAAUUUGGAGCAUUCACUCAACUCGAAUAUCUUGACUUGUCCACCAACAAGUUGAAUGGCUCAAUUCCAAACACUUUCGACGAAUUGGUCAGCUUACACUGCUUGAAUUUGAACAACAACAAUUUCAGUCAAGAAAUUCCAUUUCAGUUGAGGAAGUUAUUUCACCUGUCACAGUUAGAUUUAAGUCGUAACUCACUUGACGGCACGAUACCAUCAGAAAUUAGCAAUAUGCAGAGCUUAGAGCAGCUGAAUCUUUCUCACUAUAAUCUUUCCGGUCUCAUUCUAGCAACGUUUGAUGGAAUGCGUGGCUUGUUGAACAUAGACGUAUCCUACAAUCACUUGCAGGGUCCCAUCCCCAACAACAAAGCAUUUCAAGAUGCUCAUAGCUUUGAAGAUUGUGUGGAAAUGUUGUAG